UACCUCUUUUCCAGCAGUCACUGAAUGGACUGAGAUUUGAGAUGAGAGAAGAAUAUCAAGAGACGAACGUGACGGGCCGUGCGAGAUUCGUUUCGUGUGCAAUUCACCUAUACUGACGGUGUAUAAUUACGCUUCUUAAAUACUAUGCAGAAACUACGCAUGUAGUAGUGAUCAGUUAAAAUAUGAAUCUGUUAUGAAGUUUAAUUAUUUAAAACUACAGCGAAAUUUACCGAGUUACCGGUUACAGAAGUAAACAUUUGUGAUUCUUGAAUAAAUUUUGUGUGUGAUGGGAGAUAGAGAUUGGAGACCGUUUAUUUACGGCGGCCUUGCGUCGAUCGUCGCGGAAUUCGGCACAUUUCCAAUAGACACAACAAAGACCCGACUUCAGAUACAAGGGCAGAAGAUAGACCCUCGGCAUGUGGAGCUCCGUUACACUGGCAUGGUGGACUGCUUUGUCAAGACAUCUCAGCAGGAGGGAGUCAAGGCACUUUACUGUGGCAUCUGGCCGGCGGUACUCCGACAGGCGACGUAUGGCACGAUAAAGUUCGGCACGUACUACUCUAUGAAGAAAUGGAUAGCGCAGCACAGGGCUGACGGGGGCUCCAUAGAGCAUCUGCCCACCAACACAUUCUGUGCCGCCUUCGCUGGUGGACUGUCCAGUGCUAUCGCAAAUCCUACUGACGUGCUUAAAGUGCGGAUGCAAGUAGGAGAUGAGAAGCGCGGCUUGGUGCGGUGUUUCAUGGAGAUCCACCGGCUGGAGGGGUGGCGCGGGCUGUGGCGGGGCGUGGGCCCCACGUCGCAGCGCGCCGCCGUGAUCGCGGCCGUGGAGCUGCCCGUGUACGACGCCUGCAAGAAGCGCCUCACGGUGCCGCUGGGCGACUCCCCGCUCAACCACUUCGCGUCCAGCCUGCUGGCUAGUCUCGGCAGUGCCGUAGCAAGCACGCCCCUCGACGUCAUCCGGACGCGGCUAAUGAACCAAAGAAAGUUGAAGGGACAGGCGCCGAAGCCCAACGAGAGAAUUUACAGGGGGACAGUUGACUGCUUCCUACAGACGGUGCGCAAUGAAGGUUUCCUUGCAUUAUACAAGGGUUUCGUGCCAACCUGGCUGCGGAUGGGGCCCUGGAACAUCAUCUUCUUCCUCUCAUACGAGCAGCUCAAGCAAAUGUACUGAACAUGGACUU